AUCCAAAAAGAGCAUAGAGGUAGCAUUUGCAUCAAUCCAAAAAUCAGUCAUGGCUCUUGGCAAUCUUUCCUGCAUUUCUCAGUUUUACCCCAACAUAUGCAUUUUCCCAAAAAUCACUCACCAAAGACCAUCCCUUACCUCUUUCAAAACCAACCAAGUCUACCGUUCAUUGAGCUCUAAUAUUUCUCCUUCUGUCGUUGAAAGAAGAUCAGCUAAUUACCAGCCAUCCAUUUGGAGCUAUGAGUAUCUACAGUCCUUAAAAAUUGAUCAUGUGGAUUCUAAUUACAGCAAAAGGGCAGAGAGGCUAGAGCAGGAGAUAAGGUGUGUUAUAAAUGAUGCAGAUAAUGAAGGGUCAUUGAGCUUGCUCGAAAUGAUUGAUGACAUCCAACGGUUAGGAUUGGGGCAUCGUUUUGAAAUGGAUAUAAAGAGGGCCCUUGAUGGAUUUGUCUCUUUGGAGGAAUGUCAUGUUGUAGCAUGGGAAAGUCUUCAUGCUACAGCCCUCAGAUUCCGGCUCCUUAGACAACAUGGCUAUGAAAUCUCUCAAGAUGUGUUUAAACGCUUCAAAGACAAUGAAGGCAGUUUCAUGGACUGUCUUUCCAUGGAUGUUGAAGGAAUGGUGAGUUUAUAUGAAGCUUCGUUUCUCUCCUUCAAAGGAGAAGAUCUCAUGGAUGAAGCUCUUGAAUUUACAAGAAAGCAUCUAAUGAAUCUACACGAUAGCAGCACAUGUUUAAGAGAAGAGGUGAUCAAGGCAUUAGAGCUGCCGUUGCAUCGUAGAAUACUAAGGCAAGAAGCUCGAGAAUAUAUAGAAAUAUACAGUAAAAAGACAGAUGCUAUUCCUAAACUACUUGAACUGGCAAAACUCGACUUCAAUAUAGUCCUGGCAACACUCCUAAGUGAUCUUCAAGAUAUGUCAAAGUGGUGGGAGGAUAUAGGGCUGGCUAGUAAGUUGAAUUUCGCCAGGGAUAGGCUCAUGGAAUGCUUCUUUUGGACAGUUGGGAUGGUCCCCCUACCCCAAUUCAGCAAAUGUCGAAAAGGGCUAACAAAAGUGACGACACUUAUAACCACCAUUGAUGAUGCAUAUGAUGUUUAUGGCACCUUGGAUGAAUUAGAGCUGUUCACAAAUGCCGUUCAUAGAUGGGAUGUCAACGCAGUGAAAAAUCUACCAGACUACAUGAAACUGUGCUUCUUAGCAUUAUACAACACUGUCAAUGAGCUGGCUUAUGACACUCUAAAGGACCAUGGACAAAAUAUUCUUCCUUACCUAGCAAAAGCGUGGGGUGAUUUACUUAAAGCCUUCUUAGUAGAAGCAAAGUGGCGCCUAAACAAAAGAACUCCAACAUUCAACAACUACCUCAAAAAUGCUUGGGUUUCAGUGUCAGGAAUUCUAAUUUUGGUUCACACCUACUUCUUGAUUACACCUACGAUCACAAAUCAGGCACUUGAAAGCUUGGAAAAAUGCCACAAUAUCAUCCUUUGCCCGUCUCUUGUUUUCCGACUUUGUAAUGACCUUGGUACAUCUAAGGCUGAGUUGGAGAGAGGUGAAACUGCAAGCUCCUUACUAUGCUACAUGAAUGAAAUGGGUUGUUCUGAGGUAGUUGCCCGUGAGCACAUGCGCGAUCUGAUAGAUGAAUCCUGGAAGAAGAUGAACGAAGGUCGAGUUGAAGGUUCUCCAUUCGAUAAGCAUUUUGUAGAAUCAGCAAUUAACCUUGCCCGGAUCUCUCAUUUCACCUAUCAACAUGGAGACGCGCAUGGUUCUCCUGAUGAUAAAUGUAAAAAUCGAGUGGCAUCAUUGAUAAUUGAGCCUGUUUCUUGUUAGAGAUUGUCAGAGAAAUGAAUUUACAUUAUAAGUGGUUCGUUAGGCAACUAAUUAUAGCAAUGGAUUUUAGAUUUAUUAUUUAGUACGGCAAAUUGUAUUUGGUAUGUUAAAUAUUGUUUAAUAAAUAUUUACUUCAAAA